UCGCCACUCUGAGGCCGAGAACAGCAACUGCUGCUUUGAAUCUGUCUCAGUCCGCCGUGUCCAAUAUGGCAACCAGGUGGGGAAUCUGCAGCGCCGGGAAGAUCAGUCAUGACUUCACCGUGGCCCUGAAAACUCUUCCACCUGAAGACCAUCAGGUUGUGGCUGUGGCAGCACGCAAGUUGGAGGAUGCACAGGAAUUUGCCAAAAAACACAGCAUCUCCAAAGCGUAUGGCAGUUAUGAGGAGCUGGCCAGAGAUCCUGACAUUGAUGUGGUGUACAUUGGAGUAAUCCACCCAUACCAUCUGAACACUUGUCUGCUCUUUACAAAUGCCAAGAAGAAUGUGCUGUGUGAGAAGCCACUGGCUAUGAACACCAAGGAGGUGCAGCAGAUUCUGGCCUCAGCCAAAAAGAAUGAUGUCUUUCUCAUGGAGGCUGUUUGGACCCGCUUUUUCCCAGUCUCCGUUGAGAUCAGACGAUUGCUGGCCCAGGGGGAGCUGGGCGAAGUGAAGAUGGUCAGAUCAGAGUUUGGUGUGCCAUUGAUGCAUGUAUCGAGAGCAGUGCAGAAGGAGCUAGGUGGAGGAGCAUUACUAGACAUUGGGAUCUACUGCUUGCAGUUUAUAUCCAUGGUGUAUAAUGGAGAGAAGCCAGAGAGCAUCCAAGCUAGUGGAGUAGUGCACGUGGAGACUGGAGUGGAUGAGACGGUGGUUGCCAUUCUUAAGUACUCCAAGAACAGAAUGGCAGUGAUUACCUGCUCCUCAGGUGUACAAUUGCCCAAUGAUGCCAUUAUUAUGGGAACAAAGGGCACAGUUCGGAUCCCUGCUCCCAUGUGGUGCCCCACAUCAUUAGUGGUGAAUGACAAGGAGACUGAGUACCCAGUUCCAGAACCCUAUUUGCCUCUCAACUUCAUCAAUAGUACAGGAAUGCGUUAUGAAGCAGAGGAGGUUCGACAGUGUUUGCUCAAAGGGCUGAAGGAAAGUACAGUCAUGUCCCACGCAGACUCUCUCCUGCUGGUUGAAUUGGAGGAUGAGAUCCGCAGACAGGUGGGGGUGGUGUACAGCCAGGACUGCCAGUAAAUGUUAAACACGUACCCAUGCUGUGAUUAACGGGAACCAGUUUGUAAUUACAGAUAAUUUCCUUUUAUUGGUUCAAAAUGAACCUUUAUUCCCAUACCACUGCAAGGAACACAAGUUGUAAGGAUAAAUACUAUAGUUUGGCCAAACCCAGCCACUACAGAAGAUGUUGCAAAUAUUGUCAUUAAUGGUUAAAUAUGGAAAAAACAACACUUUGCUAACUGUACUUGUAAGUUCUUACAUUACUAGAUACUGUUGUCUAGCAAUACACUGUACCACUGUGAAAGUGUUUGAUUGGAAUACAUUUUUAAAUAAAUUUUAAUAAAGAGUCAAUCUCACCUGAAUCCUUUAUUUUGUGCACGGAAAUUGAAUACACCCACAAAUGAUGAUUCAAACAUCACAACAUUCAGAUAGGUGCUCAUCUCUUUUAUUGAUGGAACUCAAGUCUUGUUGGACAGCUCAGUACACCAGCUAAGCAUUAUAAUACCCCUUUACAUUUUGUUAGUUCUUACACUCUAGCAUUACAAUCAAAAGCAUGUUACACGUGUGGAGACAGUUAUAGUGGGUCACCAACAGAGAGAAAAACUA